AUGGACGAAAAUCAAAAUUUCAAAUCCGGGUACGUUAGCAUUAUCGGCGCGUCUAACGUCGGUAAAUCCACCCUGCUCAAUACCAUUUUAGGGCAGAAAAUCGCUAUUGUCACCCCAAAGCCACAAACGACUCGAAAUCAGAUUCGCGGGAUUGUCACCACCGAUGCCCAUCAAAUUGUUUUUGUCGAUACACCCGGACUGAUGAACCCGAAAUACCGCUUGCAGAGUGAGAUGGUCAAAACCGCGUAUGGGGCUUUAGGAGAUGCUGAUGUUGUCCUUUUUGUGAUUGAUAUCACGCGCCGAAACCCUGAAAUCGAGGAUGAAAUCCUAAAGCGUCUCAAGCGUGUCAAAUCCACAACUAUCCUGGUUCUCAAUAAGGUAGAUCUCGUCGCAAAGCCAACCUUACUCCCAAUUUUUGAGGACUACAGUCAGAAAUUUGAAUUCGCACACAUGAUACCUAUCUCCGCAUUAACUGCCGACGGUGUGCCACUCCUUCUUGAGCAGAUUGAAACUUACCUGCCGCUGGGACCCCGUUAUUUUCCAGAGGAUCAACUCAGUGACCUCCCUGAACGCUUUUUCAUUGCCGAAACCGUUCGUGAAAAGAUUAUGCUCAUGACGCAACGCGAAAUCCCUUACGCCUGCGCUGUCGUUAUUGAAGAGUUUGAAAAACGCCAGACGAAGAAGUCGGAUGAAAUUAUCUAUAUCCGAGCCGUUGUCUAUGCAGAACGACAGACGCAAAAGCAAAUUAUCAUCGGUAAGGGCGGCAAGGUGGCGAAACGGGUCGGUGAACUCGCACGAAUUGAUAUUGAGAAAUUCUUGGAUGCCCGCGUCUUUUUAGAAAUCUACGUAACAGUCAAAACUGAUUGGCGCAAAGAUGCCCGCCAACUCAAAGAGUUAGGCGGUUUUGCAGAUAUGUAA